UUGGCCCCGCCUUCACACCGAUUAGGAACCAAUAGGCUUACGGAGGCACGAAACUCUGGCCAAUGGGCACGAGGUGGGCGGGCCCUCGACGCGGAUUUUGGCCGGGAGGGCGGUGCGGCGGCUACAGGGAGCGAGGACGCGGACCGGGACUCUGACAGACCAUGUGGACCCUGGUGGGCUGGACCAUCUUGGUGGCAGGGCUGGUGGCUGGAAUACGGUGCCCAGAUGACCAGGUUUGCCCAGUGGCCUGCUGUCCAGAUUCUGGAGGAGCCAGCUAUAGCUGCUGUGACCCAGGGGUGGACCUACGGACCACAGCCCUGAGCGGGUACCUGGGAAGGCCUUGCCAGAGCCCUGCCAACUGCCCUAUUGGCCACUCCUGUGUCCUCACUGCUGCAGGGACUGCUGCUUGCUGCCCAUUUUCACAGGCCAUGGCGUGUGGGGAUGGCCAUCACUGCUGUCCCUAUGGCUUCCACUGCAGCACUGAUGGAGGGACCUGCAUCCAAAGACCAGAUAUCCACCUGCUGGGUGCUGUUCAGUGCCCAGGCGGCGAGUUCGAGUGCCCUGACUCAUCUACAUGCUGCCAUAUGCUCGAUGGCUCCUGGGGGUGCUGCCCCAUGCCCCAGGCUUCCUGCUGUGAAGAUAGGGUGCACUGCUGCCCCCAUGGGGCCUCCUGUGACUUGGUGCACAUCCGCUGUGUCACGGCCUUGGGCAGCCACCCCCUGACCACUAAGCUUCCCGCCCAGAGGACAAACUACACGGGUGCCGAGGGGACGCCUGUCGUGUCUCCAGGCCUGCUACCUGCAGCUCUGCCCACCUCUGUUAUCUGUCCUGACUCACGGUCCCAGUGCCCAGAUGAUACAACCUGCUGCCUGCUGGCCAGUGGGGAGUACGGCUGCUGCCCGAUGCCCAACGCCAUCUGCUGCUCCGACCACUUGCACUGCUGCCCCCAGGACACAGUGUGCGACCUGAGGCAGAGCAGGUGCCUGUCCCAGAACAAGGCCAAGACCCUGCUGACCAAGCUGCCCUCAUGGACAGGGGAUGGCCUUGGGUCCCUGGAGCCACUGGAACAUCUAUCUGCCUGCCCAGUGUGGGAUGUGGAGUGCGACCAGGAGGUGAGCUGUCCAGAAGGCCAGACGUGCUGUCGCCUGCAGUCGGGCAAAUGGGGCUGCUGCCCUUUCCCAAAGGCUGUAUGCUGUGAGGACCACGUACACUGCUGCCCUGAGGGCUUCAGGUGCCACACGGAGAAGGACACAUGUGAGCAGGGGCUGCUCCAAGUACCCUGGGCACAGAAGACUCCGGCCCAGCCCAGCCGGCCCAGCCAGCCCAGCCCACCCGGCCCACCCGGCCCACCCAGCCCGCCCGGCCCGCUGAGGAGUGAGAUCUCCUGUGACGAGGUCGUCAGCUGCGCCCCUGGCAACAUCUGCUGCCGUCUGGCUUCUGGGGAGUGGGGCUGCUGUCCUAGCUCAGAGGGUUAUUUGUGCAUGGCCGGGGAACGCUGUCAGGUGGGGGACAGGCUGGCACCGGAGAAGAUGGCUGCUCACCUGAUGUCCCUGUCCCAGACAACUGACGUAGGCUGCGACCAGCAUGCCAGCUGCCCCGUGGGCCAGACCUGCUGCCCCAAGCUGGGCGGGGGCUGGGCCUGCUGCCAGCUGCCCCAUGCUGUGUGCUGUGAGGACGGCCAGCACUGCUGCCCAGCCGGCUAUACCUGCAACGUAAAGGCCCGGUCCUGCGAGAAGGCAGCAGACGGCGCCCACCUGGCCGCUCCCCUGGCCGUGGGCUCCACUGGGGGGGUGAUGGACGUGGCCUGUGGGGACCGGCACUUUUGCCAUGAUGAACAGACCUGCUGCCGAGACAGCAGGGGGGGCUGGGCCUGCUGCCCCUUCCAUCAGGGCGUGUGCUGCAAAGACCAGCGCCACUGCUGUCCUGCCGGCUUCCACUGCGAGAGCCAGGGAACCAGGUGUGUGCAUAAGAAGAGCCUGUUGCACUGGGACAGCCUCCCCAGGCCAGCCGCUCCCAGGCCACGGCUGUAAGGGACCCUGCCAGGACGUGCUCAGGACUCCUGUCCCUGCCUCUGACCCCAGUUCUGCGUGUCCCCUCUCUAGGGGAGGCCUCACCCUUAGCAGAAGCCACAUUACCCGGUGCCACCCCCGCCCCACCCCAUGGCCAGGUGCUGCCCACAGCAUGUGAGCCACAAUAAAGUUUGUACACUUU